AUGUCUGUGGAACCAGACAAGUCGACCAGCAAGCCUGCGGGCAAGGUCAAGCUCGACAAUGAUCCAUCAGGCGCUGAGCGACGCGACGAGGACGCCACUGCGACGGCCAUCCUCAAGAAGAAGAAGAAGCCUAACAGCUUGAUUGUCACCGACGCCACCACUGACGAUAACUCGAUCCUCGCACUAUCAAACAACACGAUGGAGCAGCUGCAGCUCUUCCGCGGCGACACCGUGCUUGUCAAGGGCAAGAAGAGAAAGGAUACAGUGCUCAUCGUGCUCGCCGACGACGACCUUGAUGAUGGCUCCGCGCGCAUGAACCGAGUGGUGAGACACAAUCUUCGAGUCAAGCUGGGUGACGUCGUCACAGUCAACCCAUGUCCCGACAUCAAGUACGCCAAGCGUAUCGCUGUCCUGCCCAUGGCCGACACCAUCGAGGGCCUCACUGGCUCGCUCUUCGAUGUCUUCCUCGCUCCAUACUUCCGCGAAGCCUACCGUCCAGUGCGACAAGGUGAUCUCUUCACAUGUAGAGCUGCGAUGCGGACAGUCGAGUUCAAGGUCGUCGAGAUUGACCCACCCGAGUACGGCAUCGUCGCCCAGGACACGGUCAUCCACUGCGAGGGCGAGCCCAUUCAGCGUGAAGACGAGGAGGGCAACCUCAACGAGGUUGGUUACGAUGACAUUGGUGGAUGUCGCAAGCAAAUGGCGCAGGUUCGAGAGCUCGUCGAGCUUCCACUGAGACAUCCUCAACUCUUCAAGUCCAUUGGUAUCAAGCCACCACGCGGUAUCCUCAUGUAUGGUCCACCGGGUACUGGUAAGACACUGAUGGCUCGCGCCGUCGCCAACGAAACCGGUGCUUUCUUCUUCCUGAUCAACGGCCCUGAGAUCAUGUCAAAGAUGGCUGGUGAGUCGGAGAGUAAUCUGCGAAAGGCCUUUGAGGAGGCAGAGAAGAACAGCCCGGCGAUCAUCUUCAUCGACGAGAUCGACUCCAUCGCACCAAAGCGUGAGAAGACCAACGGUGAGGUCGAACGCCGUGUUGUGUCUCAGCUACUCACCCUCAUGGACGGCAUGAAGGCGCGUUCCAACGUGGUCGUCAUGGCUGCCACCAACCGUCCAAACUCCAUCGAUCCCGCCCUUCGUCGAUUCGGCCGUUUCGAUCGUGAGGUCGAUAUCGGCAUUCCCGACCCAACCGGCCGUCUCGAGAUUCUCGGCAUCCACACAAAAAACAUGAAGCUCGGUGACGACGUCGAUCUCGAGUCGAUCGCCGCCGAGACACACGGUUACGUCGGUUCGGAUAUUGCAUCGCUCUGCUCCGAGGCAGCCAUGCAGCAGAUUCGUGAGAAGAUGGACCUCAUUGAUCUCGAUGAGGACACAAUCGACGCCGAGGUGCUCGACAGCCUUGGUGUCACACAAGAGAACUUCCGCUUCGCCCUCGGCGUCAGCAACCCAAGCGCCCUUCGCGAGGUUGCCGUUGUUGAGGUGCCGAACGUCAAGUGGGACGACAUCGGUGGUCUCGAGGACGUCAAGCGCGAGCUGGUCGAGAGCGUGCAAUACCCAGUCGACCAUCCCGAGAAGUUCCUCAAGUUCGGUCUCAGCCCGUCCCGCGGUGUGCUCUUCUACGGCCCACCAGGUACUGGUAAGACACUUCUUGCCAAGGCAGUCGCCAACGAGUGCGCCGCCAACUUCAUCUCGGUCAAGGGUCCAGAACUGCUCUCCAUGUGGUUCGGUGAGUCUGAAUCCAACAUCCGAGACAUCUUCGACAAGGCUCGCGCGGCUGCACCUUGUGUUGUCUUCCUUGACGAACUGGAUUCGAUUGCCAAGUCUCGUGGUGGCAGCCAGGGUGAUGCAGGUGGUGCGUCCGACCGUGUCGUCAACCAGCUUCUCACAGAGAUGGAUGGUAUGACCAGCAAGAAGAAUGUGUUCGUCAUCGGCGCAACCAACCGUCCAGAGCAGCUUGACAAUGCUCUGUGCCGUCCAGGUCGUCUUGACACUCUUGUCUACGUCCCACUUCCAGACCAAGAGGGACGUGAGAGCAUCCUGAAGGCUCAGCUCCGCAAGACUCCAGUCGCUCCGGAUGUCGAUCUCAACUACAUCGCCCAGAAGACCCACGGCUUCUCUGGUGCCGACUUGGGCUUCAUCACCCAACGCGCUGUCAAGCUCGCCAUCAAGGAGAGCAUCGACAUUGCGAUCCGCAACAGCAAGGCAAAGGAGGCUGAGGCCGGUGAUGACACCAAGAUGGAGGAGGACGUUGACGAGGAGGACCCAGUACCAGAGCUCACGAAGCGUCACUUCGAGGAGGCAAUGAGCAUGGCUCGUCGCUCUGUCACAGACACUGAGAUCCGGCGGUACGAGGCUUUCGCCCAGAGCAUGAAGAGCAGCGCUGGUGGCAGUGCAUUCUUCCGCUUCCCAGAGGGCGAGAACGGUGGUGCUGCUGAGCAGCAGAAUGGCGCCGGGGAAGAGGAUCUCUACGAUUAA